CCUACCUGCUCUGCCCAGAGAAUCAUCCAAAUGUGAGACAACAGAAAACAUCAAGAUGGACAGACAGCUCUUUCUUUGGUGGCUGUUGAGUUUUUCAUGCUGGAUAAAGACGGGAAAAAGUAGCAUGCUCGGAUGUGCCCCAAUUGAUACAAAACACACAUCGUAUGAAGAGGUUUCAGUGUCAGAGAACACACCAGCCGUCUUUAGUCAAAAAGUUACUCCAGCAGCCAGCGAGACUUUUGAAGACUCAAGCUUUAAUGUUGAAAUAAAAUUGUGUGAAAAGGAAACAUACCACAUUGUUUGCAGGUGCCGUUGGAUAUCUGAUAGUAAUGGUGUGUGUAAAAAUCAAACAAUUUCUUCCGUCUGCGAGGCCGACAAAUCAGAAAUGCGCUUCACCUUGUUUGUAAAGCGAAGCUAUAGUGACGUCAUGUGGGAGCUCUUCAGACAGAACUCUACUCCACUUGUACUCAAGCACUCAAAGCUCCGAGUCACCUAUCCUCCAACAAUCACAGCGCUGCGUUUGAAUGGACGAGAUGUUAAUGGGACUGAGUAUGUUUCCGAGAAUCAGGAGGUCAGCAUCUCGUGUUCCUUUAUCAAUGGAAACCCUGCAGUUAGCAUUCGCCUAGUGGACGGCAAAGGGAGCACACUGAGUUCCACAAGACUCAAAGAGGGACCACUCGUGCUGUCGCGAGAUUUUCACUGCAACGAUGUGAGGCUGACCAUCGGAUGUGAGGCGCCGGGGUCGGAGCUGAACCGAUCUGUGACCAUUCUUGUCAAAUGUUUGCCUGAGUUGUCUCCCAUAUCUACUCAAGUCUUAGAUUUAGCGAGAAUCGUAGGUGAAAAAUUAACAUUUCGAAUGAAAUCCUACACUAGCAAUAUAAGAAAAUGUCAGAUGACCAAGUUGCCCCCGCAGCCUAUCACGAAGGAAGUGGCAUGCAGUGUGAGUGGAAGUGUCCCGGAACUUAUCUUGACGUUAAGUCUUUCAACCGAAUCUUGGAUUGGACAAGGGAUUUGGAUGCUACACGUCGUGACAGAGAUAGGAAAUUCGAACAUUAGCUUUGGCCUCAUCGACAGUUCAGUUAACGGUCGGAAGCCUGAAUUGAUUGAUGGCUUAGGCGAGUUUUGCUGAAGUGUUGUCGAUCCCUCUUUCUCCGGAGAUGCUAACAGCAGCCUUUUAGAAGCUGACAAGGCUUGUACCUGAGGGUGUCCAGUCACUUAAUCCCCAGACACUUCA